GCAAACGAAAACAAACAUGGCGGUCCCAGCAAACUUCGCAUGCCCUGAAAGAGAGAAAUUCCAAUAUUGUUAUUCUACACUUAUAACUUUCGCAUACAGGGACGAUUCCGCGACUAGAACAGAUCUUAAUCUUUUGCUCGACCAUAUAAAUUCCCUCGAUUAUUCAACGAUUGUUGUAACUGCGAAGCCAGGGAAUGAGGUGCUUCAGAAAUUGUGCAGUAUAAUUCCUGCCUAUGAGGAGAGAUUUGUGGUGAAGAUCUGUCAGGUGGCAAACAACUGGAUGAAGAAACAAAUGCUGGCUCUGACAGAUGAGUGUGUGUUGUGCAUGGCAGAUUACCUGAUCAAAGCAAUACAGCGCUGUCAGACAUGGGCCAUACCAGAAAUACUCAGCUCACUUGCCUCUGUGUUCUAUGAAAAUGUUGAUAAACUGCAGCAGUAUCAUGAUACACUUCUUGGAAAGCAUGGCAUCCUGGUACAGAUAAUCAAUAAUGAUGUGACAGACACAGAGACGCUGAAGGAAGCAGUGGUGUGUGUCCAGUGUCUAACACUCAGGCCUAAGUCAGAGAGCUACCUAAGCCAAGUGUACAUUGAUAGCUGCUAUAAUGUGUUCACCAUGCUAUUACACAAGAUGUCAGCUGUUAGUAUGGACCCCCUUGUUCAGUGUAAGAUCCUGAUGUACUGUCUCCGGGGUAUUCAGAACAUUCUAAGAGUAACCAAGGACAUGCCUGUAGACAGACUGGGGGUCAUUCUUGCAGCAGUCAGGACUUACAUGUUUUACGGAGUGGGGUGCCAGUCUGCAGUGUUGCCUGAUAGUCUGUAUCCGUCCCCGUUCACCAGAGUGGAAGUUCCAAAGUCUGGCACCCUUACCCCGAAACAAGCAGCCAUAAAAAAAGAUGACACAGCAAACAAAAAGUCAAAGAGGAAAACAAAGAAAAAGACAGACACUAAAGAUCCAUCUAAACAAAAAGGCUCCAAGCAACCAGACAACGACAGUGGUGACAAUGACCUUCUAGAUCAAGGUCAGAGUGUCUCAGGUCAAGUAAACCUUGACUUUGACUAUGACCCCAUGGCAGGUUAUGCUACCUGGUCAAAGGUCAGCAGUUCAGAUUCUGAGUGGUCAGACACAGAAGGAGGUCAGGGGUCAAGGUCAAGGUCAAACUGCACCAAGGUCAGGCAGUGUGCACUCAGCUGUUUUUUCUGGAUAGCAAAGUUCUCAGACAAGAAAGUGAUGUUCAGCUACUGGUCAUCUUUCAUCCCUGACUCCCAGUCUUCCACCAACGCUAGCAACGCCCAGUCCUUGCUCAACAUCGUCCUCAAAGAUCCUUCACCCAAGUGCAGAAUGGGAGCCCUGGCUGCCCUUUCAAUCCUGCUGGACAACACCAAGCUGCUGCUGAGUGCGGCUGAAGACAGUGACAGCCCCAAGCCCUCCACAUUCACUUCAUACUCCAUAAUCCUUGGCUCCACCAUUCAGGAGAUCCAUCGCUGUCUCUUCCUCGCAAUGGCCACCGAGGACUACGCCAUCACUCUCACACAGCUCAUCAAGUGCUUUGGAACUGUGAUAGCUAAUGUGCCAUACCACAGAAUGCGGCCUGGUCUGCUGGGGAAAAUUGUGAAACACAUCCGACAUUUCAUCAAUCACAGAGAUCCCAAUGUGCGUGUGGCAUGUCUAACAUGUCUUGGUUCCAUGGCGGGUAUUCAGCCCCCUCUGAUGGAGGUGUGCCACAUCAUCCAGCCUUCCAGGCCUCCAAUCACUACUAAACCUCCCACCGAACUAGAUAGUCAACCCCUAAGGACCCCUGACACAGCUCUCAAUGUUCCUGCAGGGAGAAAGGACUUGGAUUCUGGUUUCAGUAGCAGUCCCAAUAUUAACUCCCCUGGUGGAGUUCUUCAUAGUGGAGGUGAGAGAUUGGCUGACUAUUCAGGGGGGACAACACCAACUAAGGGAACAGCGCAGUCUUCAGGGUCUGUAACUCCUGCGUUUUCUGAUCAGCUCCUGCAGAUGCAUUCUAAGGAGCGUUCCUGGGUAGUGAAGCUGUGUGUCAAGAAUAUUCUGCCCCUGGGUUCGGCAGAGACUGUGUUCUCUGCUGAUGAAGUGCGCACCGAGCCACUCCCUAUCAGACUGGAGUCCCUGCAGGUGCUUGCUAACCUUACAAAAGGAUACUUUCCUGUCAUCAGGAAUUGUGUGCCCUUGCUAAAGGAGCUUAUUCAUCAGUGUUUCUGUGAUGUGGAUCCAGUCAUAAAGCUGCACGCUGCUAAGUUACUGGAUGAGUUCACACAGGUCCUCCAGCAGGAUGUGAAUGCAGUAGAGGCCUCUGAUAUUGCAGUGGCUGAACGACUCAGCAAACAACAGGUGUUAGAGUUCUGGUUAUCCCUGCUGAAUGGUCCUAUUCAAGAGGUACUACAGAUGCCAGGCCAUGACGGAGUGAAAGCCGUAGCAUGUGACUGUCUAGCAAACAUCGGGGAUCCAGUCUUCAGAUACUUGCCUCUGGACAAGCGUGUGAUGUGCCUCACUGUGGUGCUGGGUCUGGCCAGUGAUGAGGACAGGAUAAUACGGGCCGCUGCAAUACGCACCCUCGGGAUAUUUGUGAUGUACAAGAGCCUCCGAGAGGAUGUUUCCUUUGUUGCUGACUGUGCCACAGCCAUCCUGGGUGCAAUGGAGGACAAGAACAUGUUUGUGAAGGUGAAGGCUGCCUGGUCCCUGGCCAAUCUGGGGGACGCUGUUGCCUCAAACAGGGAGGAAAGUGGUGAAGAGUUUAUGGAGGAGUUCUCAGAUGUGCUCAUGUUGAACAUCAUCACCGUGGCAACGCGGCUGAGUCAGGAUGCAGACAAGCUCAAACCCAACGCAGUCCGCACCCUGGGAAAUAUACUGAGAUGUAUGACAAAGAGACAUCUAGGCAAGGAUGCUUUCCAGCAGGCAGUGCUAGGAGCUGUUAAAUCUCUUGUCAAGUCAGCAGGGUCUGGUGCCAUGAAGGUGAGAUGGAAUGCCAGCUAUGCCAUCAGCAACAUGUACAAAAACCUGGAUCUUAACCAGGGACAAGCACCAUGGAAUGCAGACGUGCUAGGUGUACUUUGCUCAGUAAUUCGUGACUGCAAAAACUUCAAGGUGCGUAUCAAUGCAGCUAUCGGCCUGUCAUCACCACGGAAACGUGCCCAGUACGGCGCACCUGCUACAUACUGCAGGGUGUGGGUGGGAAUCAUAGAGGCCUUUGAGACUGCAGAGGACAUAGCUGACUACAUAGACUUCCGAUACAGGGACAACCUUAUUGAGCAGAUUUGCAUAGCAGUGUUCCAUCUAAUAGAGCUUGUAACUGUGGAAGAUACAGACCACCUGUGGCCUGUGCUUGAGAAGCAUGGAUCCCAGCUCUCUGUCAGCUUAAACAAGUAUUAUACAAGCAAGGGGAAACAAUCUGCUUUGGAGGCUCAUCUAGAGAGAGCGUUGAUCACCUUGGUAGCCUUACAGCCUGCUGUGGCCACGGACCUGCAGAGGCAGAGUGUCAUAUACCUCACCACCCUGAGCAACAACCUAAAAUCAGGUUGUUCAGAUGACCUUCCAUUAAGCAGACCCGUCAUGGCCUUCCGACAGACCUAUGAUUGAACGUCCUCAGUAUCACAACAAAAUACUUUUAUGAAAAGGUUAUUGACUUUUAGUGCAUAAUUAAUCAUAUGUAACAUUUACAUAUUUAUAUACCGGUAUAUGACAUAUUGUUGAUAAUUAUGUUCAUCAAAACCAUUAAAGAACUCAUCAAAGUGUUUUGAAAUCAGCAAGUAGAAUAACAAAUUCCGUAAGUUUGCAUUCAUGUAAGUGUUUUAAAGUCACUAUUUUUAAAGUGAUUUACAAACUGAGAGGUAAUUAUGUAUGUAGCUGUUAAGUUUGAACAUACAUAUUAGUGUAUAGUACAACAUUGCAUGAUGUUGUAUAAUUAAAAGUGACAGCGUCUUUAGUAUGUAAGGUGUACAUUGUUGAGUGCACAUUUUUAUUAAAAAAUAGUGUAGCUUUUAAUGUGCAGAUAUCCAUUUUGGCGUGAAACUAAUGUAUGUAAUGAAAUAAUGUUGUGGGGAUACAGCAGUUUGAACUCUGCUCUAUCCUCAACCUGCCAGCCAUUCAAAGGUUUAUAAUGAUGUUUUAGUAUUCUAAAUUAUCAUUUUAACAGCUUUCAACUUAACAUGUCAUCAAAAUGUUGUAUACCGAGGACAAGGGGUCUCUUUAUCUAGUUAAGAAAGUUUCAUUGUGUUGUAUGUGCUAAAGAAACUGUUUGUAAGAUAUGAUCAAAUUUUCAAAAACAGUUCAUUCUUUGGAUUUAAGUAGAUUCGUUUUAGCAAACUGUAAUAAAUUGUUGAAUGUUUA